UUCCUUCUCCAAUCCUUUGCUCAACUCAGCUGAUGAAGUGACUCUAGUGGAUCAUGAUAACUAGAUACUUUGCUCAAGGGCAUUCUUUCCCAUUUCCAUUCUUUGGGUCUAUUUGGAAACUCCUCCCCCCCCCCCCAUAGUGAUAACGUCUAUUACUGGAUUCCCACAGGGAAUGGGUUGAGUUUAUGACCCAGGAUGACCAGAACACUCCACUCUCCCACCCAGAAUGGUUGGUUCAGAUUUGGGCAUAUGAUCCAAGAAGGGAUGAUCACAGCCUUGCCUGGAGUUAAUAAGUAAACACUGGUACAGAGAAGUUCUAUGUGCCCUGUGAUUGCUAGUCUGGGAGGAUGUGAGUUUGGAGCUACUGGUGGCCAUCUUUCCUGCCACAAAGAGAGACAUAGUCUGUGGAAUGAAGCUGAACAGAAGCAAACAGAGUAGAGAGACAGAAAUACAGGUCCUGAUGUCAUUAUUUGGGUCCCUGAGUCUACCCCUGCCUGAAAUACACAGGCUUUGCAAGAACUUUGGAGUUUGCAAUUAUGUCAACAAUAAAUUUUAUUUCUCAUUAAGCUGAUACAAGUUGGUUUUCCAUCCCUUGCAAACAAUGUCUUUACUAAUGCAGUGACAUUCUCCUCCUCCUCCCUAGAUCUUUGAUAAUUAACUUUGGAGGGGGGGAUUGGCCUAUUUUUGGAGAUAGAAUGGACAGGACUUGAUGUCUGAUAACAUGUGUCUGAUGGAGACGUGAGGUCUUAUUAUAGCCCUGAGGUUCUUAUCUUGAGUUACUGGGAGCAGGUGAAUGAUAUUUAUUAAGAUACCCCAGUCAGCAUGAGGUAUACAACAUUUAUAAAUAAUCCAAAGUGGAAGAUUAGUUAGAGGAACACUCUGGUUUCCAGAGGACUUUUUUUUUUAGGGAUACAACUCCCACUUUUGACUCAGGUGUAUAGUUUUAAUGAGUAACUACUUAAUAUUAUCAACUCAGGAAAGUGAACUUUACAAUGCAUAAAAUCAAAAGCUUUAUGGGACCUUAAGGCCAGAUCUUGCUUUCAGAACAACUAUAGAGUGAUACCUAUGGGACUCAGGAAUUCUCUGUUUCUCUUUGAUUUCCACGUUCUACCACUUUAUAAGUAGACUCAGCAAUGAUUCCUAUUUCUACCUCAUUUACCUCCAAAUUUAAAUAUAGAAUAAAAGACUUGUCAACUGGCCCCUUAUAAAAAUGACUAUUGACGUAUGAAGAUAAACAUGUGACACUGUUUCCAAGUGAUAUUUAUCCAGAACACAGAUGACUAAACAGAGAGCACUGGAUGUAAAUAUCAACAUCUUUAGUCUCCACCUAAUGAACAUGGUCCUAGCCCAGUGCAUUGAUGAAAUCAGUGAUCAUGAAGUGUUUAACACAAAUUACCUUAUCUAUUGUGUACAACUCUACAAGGUGAAUAUUAUUUUUCCACUCUAAUGAUGGUGAAAUUUUGUGAUUCUGUGAAGAUCGGUAGCUUUCUCAAGGUCACAUAACUGGUGAUGGUGGAUCUGGGAAUCGAGGACAGAUCUGUGUGAAUCCAAAGGUUAUUCUCUUAAUCCCUCUACAGCGUCAUGUAUGUUUCCCAACAAAGACACCAUCCCGGUUUGGGUGGGGGACAAAAUAUAGGAUUGUGAGUUUUCUCUAGCAAAAAGGUUGUUGCUAAUGAUUACGCCCAAUAUUGCAUCAUUUCCAAUGUUGCCAAGUCCUGAAGCAGCAAUUACGUAACUCCGAUGACAGGUAUUUGUUAUCAAUGUUGAAUUCAACAGAGCCCAAGGAAGAGAAGGGACAAUUACUUUUUGCUUUUCUCUAAUGAGGCUCUCAGGGAAUAUGGCCCUAGUGGCCAUGGAGACUGCUGUGAUGAGCUAGCCCUGUGAUUACCCCAAACAUCCUUCCUGCACUGAGGGCUGAUUCUGUGUGCUCCAGCCCCUUGUUGAUGCAGACUUACCCUGAAGGCCCCAUUGAUGAGUCUGUCUCCCUCAGACCUCAAUAAGCUCUGGCCAGGUCUAGAAAAGUGAAGCAAGCCUGGGACUUCUGGUGACCAAGGAGACUGUCAUUCUUCCUAGGUAAGAGUCAGGUCAGGAAUAACUGCUUGUUAAGGUGUAAAGCCUUAUGGGGGCACUCCUCACUACAACCUUCUUUUAAAUGGAGCCACAGAAACUGUUCCGAGAUCAUCAGCAGUUCCUUGUAAUCGUCCAGCCCUGACCAGUAUAUAUGUCUUGUCUGUUUAGGAGACAUACCUCUGGGUCAUUUCAUUUUAAUCUUACAGAUUAGACUAGGGGGCUCAGUGGACAUAGCUCAUUUUGCUAAUAAAGAAAUGGAGGCACAAAACACAUAGGCAACAAAGUUCUAAUGCCUCACCUAUAUCAUAUGGCCUUUCUCCCUGUAAUCUUCUUAAUUGCUGCAUCUUAACUAUCAUUUUCCAGGCUUUUGAAUUUUUCCUGCUGUGUCCGCCUCUGGGCCCAGGCUCUCAGGCCAUGAGAGGGGCAAACCAGUCGAGUGUCUCCGAGUUCCUCCUCCUGGGGCUCUCCAGGCAGCCCCAGCAGCCGCAGCUCCUCUUCAUGCUCUUCCUGAGCAUGUACCUGGCCACAGUCCUGGGCAACCUGCUCAUCCUCCUGGCCAUCAGCAUGGACUCCCGCCUGCAUACUCCCAUGUACUUCUUCCUCAGCAACCUGUCCUUUGUGGACAUCUGCUUCUCCUCCACCACUGUCCCCAAGAUGCUGGCCAACCACAUACUUGGGACUGAGACCAUCUCCUUCUCUGGGUGUCUCACACAGAUGUAUUUUGUUUUCAUGUUCGUGGAUAUGGACAAUUUCCUUCUGACUGUGAUGGCCUAUGACCGCUUUGUUGCUGUGUGCCAUCCCUUACACUACUUAACAAAGAUGACCCCCCAGCUCUGUGCCCUGCUGGUUGCUGGGUCAUGGGUCAUUGCCAAUUUGAAUGCUCUGUUGCAUACCCUGCUGAUGGCUCGACUCUCAUUCUGUGCAGACAAUGCCAUCCCCCACUUCUUCUGUGAUGUGACACCUCUCCUCAAACUCUCCUGCUCUGAUACAUAUCUCAAUGAGGUGAUGAUUCUCACUGAGGGUGCCCUGAUCAUGAUCACCCCGUUUGUUUGUGUCCUGGCUUCGUAUGUCCAUAUCACCCGUGCUGUCCUGAGAGUCCCAUCCACAAAGGGAAGGUGGAAAGCCUUCUCCACCUGUGGUUCCCACUUGGCUGUGGUUUCCCUCUUCUAUGGCACCAUCAUUGCUGUGUAUUUCAACCCUUUGUCCUCGCACUCAUCUGAGAAGGACACUGCAGCUACUGUGAUGUACACAGUGGUGACCCCCAUGCUGAACCCUUUCAUCUACAGCCUGAGGAACAGGGACUUGAACAGAGCCCUUGGAAAAGUGGUUGACAGAAGGAGGUUUUCUGUAUGAUGAGAGAAUCAAAGGUGAGUCUGAUCCCCAUGCAAAUUUAUUUUUUAUCAGUUGAGUGUAAGGUAGCAGCUAUUUUGUCAAAGACAGUCUGGAAACAAACAUAUUGAUGUCUGUGCUAGGGGCAUGGAGAAGGCAAUGGUUAUUUAUUUGUGGACCUAAUUCACCUGUCAACCUGUUGCAUCUAUCAAGUAAUGAGACUUCUUUUUAAUGACUUCUGUUUGGAAGCAUACAUGAUACACAUAUUUUU